AUGACCCUUGCAAGUGUCGCACAUGGUGGAAGCGCAGGAGACAUGGAAAUCGACUCAGAUGUCGCAAAGCACCUACAGUCGCUACUCUCCAGAUCAGACAACAACAACUGCGACGUGGGCGAUGAUUUCUUCAAAUCAAACACCAUCCACAGACGUGAUUUAGCCAUGAGCAGUGUUACAUGCGGCGCGCAGAACAUCCUCGCUGACGGAAUCAACGGCGAUGGAUUUCCUGACUUGCUUCUCAUGGCCCCAACACAACUCCCAUGGAGAACGCUGAGGUCGUUGCCGGGUAACGGACGGUCAUCACCUGGUCUUUGA